UUAUUCUUCUUCUUCAAUCCUCCUUCACUUUCUGUAACACAUCACUGACAUCAGCAAUGGCGAAAGAGAAGCAGCAGAAAGAAGAGAAGAAGCUCUACGUGGGCAUCGUCUGGCACUACACCGCCGAGCUCAAGCUCCUCCUCACCGCCCUCCUCAUCCUCUGCACCCUCGCCACCCUCCUCCAGUUCCUCCCUUCUCGCUUCACCGUCUCCUCCUCCGACCUCCGCUUCUGCAUCUCCCGCGUCCUCACCCCCACCCAGCCGGCCCAACAACACAAUACUACUAAUACUACUAUUGUAUCCAUCUCAGCUGCUGCUGCUACGUCACCCCCUCCGCUUCUCUCGCCGCCUCCCCCGCCUUCGGAGUCGGUGCAACCCAACGGCAUGAUCAAGCGCGUGUUCGGCACUCACGGCGCGGCGGCGUACAGCUACAUCAACAUGGGAACUUACAGAGGAGGAAUGAACACUUUUGCUAUAGUGGGUCUAGCCUCCAAGCCUCUCCAUCUCUACUCAAACCCGACGUACCAAUGCCGGUGGAUCCCAACCGUCAACUCCUCCGCCGUAGUCUCCGCCGUCGGAUACAAGAUCCUCCCCGACUGGGGCUACGGGAGGGUCUACACCGUCGUGGUGGUGAACUGCACAUUUUCUCAGGACGUUAAUUCCGACAACUCCGGCGGGAAGCUGGUCCUUUUGGCCUCAACUUCUGGCGGCGGUGACCGGAAUCUCAACGUCACCGAUGAGAUUGAGGCGUUAACAGAAAACCCAGGAAGCUUAAACCCUUCAAUCUUUACUUCCAAGCCUAAAUAUGAUUAUUUUUAUUGUGGGUCUUCUUUGUAUGGGAAUUUGAGUCCUCAGAGAGUGAGGGAGUGGAUUGCUUACCAUGUGAGGCUGUUUGGGCCCAGAUCUCAUUUUGUGAUUCAUGAUGCUGGUGGGAUUCAUGAGGAGGUUUUGGAGGUGUUGAAGCCAUGGAUGGAGUUGGGGUAUGUGACUUUGCAUGAUAUAAGAGACCAGGAGAGGUUUGAUGGGUAUUAUCAUAACCAGUUCAUGGUGGUGAAUGAUUGUUUGCAUAGAUAUAAGUUCAUGGCUAAGUGGAUGUUCUUCUUUGAUGUGGAUGAGUAUAUCUAUAUGCCUCCCAAGAGCACCAUCAAAACUGUGCUGGAUUCUUUGGCUGAAUACUCACAGUUCACCAUUGAACAGAUGCCAAUGAGCAACAAGCUCUGCCUGCUUGAAGAUUAUCACAAAACUAACAGAAAAUGGGGAUUUGAAAAACUUGUGUACAAAGAUGUGAAGAGAGGCAUAAGAAGAGACCGGAAAUACGCGGUGCAACCGCGCAAUGUGUAUGGCACCGGGGUGCACAUGUCCCAGAACAUAGCAGGGAAGACGACACACAAAACUGAGAACAGGAUCAAGUAUUUCCAUUACCACGGAACCAUUGCAGACAGGCGCGAGCCAUGUAAGAAGCUGAUCAAUGACACACAGAUCUACCUUGACAAAGUCCCUUAUGUCAUAGACACAACCAUGAGAGAUGUUGCUGGGGCUGUGAAGAGAUUUGAGCUCAGAAUGAUUGGAUCCAGGUUACAACAGACUAGGCAAUGAUAGAACAAAACAUCAUCUUCCCAUUUUUUCAGAACCUUUUUUUUUAUUUUUUAUAUGUGAAUCUUUAAUUUAUAGUUGCGGUAGAGAAAUUCUUUUUGGGGGGUUCUUCCUUGUAUGAUAGUUCCAGUAAAGGUAUAAAUUACAGGUUGGUAUAUGAAUAUGAUCACUAUGGUUUUU